AUGGACUACGACGCAUACGACGCCUUGCUUCACCACAUCUUCAAGCGUACCCAGGGAGAUGCAUGGUUCAAGCCCUCCCAAGAGAACGUUCACGCCGGAGUUUGCGUGCGUAUCAGCACAGGCCAGUUCCGAGUCUUUCCUUACGAAAACUCCUACCUGGAACCCUUUGAGGCCGCUGUGAGGGUCCUGAAUCCCGUGGUCGCUGUCAAAGUUCGCAGUGCAGCUGUUCAUGUCUCCCUUGGAAGCGUGAGUGAAGAUGCAGAUGCUAUUUAUAUCGAUGGCGAUACUCGCAUCCAAAUUCUCGAUUCUAUGGCAUAUCUUCCUCGCGCUGACAAGGAACAGUGUGGCGCGUUCAUCCGUGACGAACGUGUUCUCGUCGUCUGGUCGGACAACCUCGAUACUAUCAUCCCUCUUUGCCUCGAGUUCGAGGAGAAAUUGAUCAAGGUUGCCUGGGCCCAACGUUUCUCACUCCCCGGCUACGGCUUGCCUAAUUUAUCUUACACCGGUGACUCAUCACCCUCCACCGGUCCUUCGGCGUCCGACGUUGGUUUGAACAAGGAGAAGGUCGAGCCCAUCAUCGCCCCGGCACCACAGCCUGGAGCUCCUUCUUCCACACCGAAGUCGAACGGAUUCUCUUGGUUUGGAUGGAAAAUCAGAGACAAAGCUACUGCUGAAACUGAUCCGGAGAAGGGCGCCCUCUCAAACACUAGGCCUAUGCGUUUGUUUGCCCCUUUCUACGGUGGACUCGCAUGUGCACUAUCGAUCUUCUUCAUCGGUAGUGGCCUUAGUGUUCUGCUACAAGAGUGGCGCCUGGAUGACAACUUCAAUCGCUUUGCACUGAUGGCCACAGCUCCGUUCCUGUUCUGUGUCAGCUUGUUCUUCAGCUUGCAGGUCAUCACAAACGUAUCUUAUGUCCUUGGUCCAGUCGCUCAGUACCACGAGAACUCUCGCUACUAUAGCGCCGUCAAACCUAGUGCGAACAAGGAUAUCGACUCUCACCUUCCUCACAUCACUAUCGAACUCCCGGUCUAUAAAGAAAGUUUGGACUCAACCAUUUCCCCAUCGGUACAGUCGCUCAAGAAGGCCAUGCAGACAUAUGCUCGUCAGGGCGGCACGUCUACGAUCUUCGUCCACGAUGACGGUCUCCAACUUAUCUCCGAAGAGGACCGUCAGGAGCGAAUCGCGUUCUAUGCCGACAACAACAUUGGCUGGGUGGCUCGUCCAAAGCACGAUGAUUCGGAGGGUGGCUUCAAACGACGGGGCCGGUUCAAGAAGGCCAGCAACAUGAACUACGGUUUGAGCGUGAGCUUGCGUAUGGAGUCUUGGAUUACCAAGAUCGAAGAGCAGAAGGCCCGUGAUGCCUCGACAGGGUCGUCCGAGACCGAGGACGAUGACGAGGAGGAAAUCGAGGAGAAGGCGCUCCGACUGGCUCUCGAGGAGAUCUAUGAAGAGAACGGGAAGAAAUGGCAACCUUGGGCAAGGAAUGCGAAGUCUAUCCGUAUGGGGGAGAUCAUCUUGAUCGUAGACUCGGAUACGAUUGUUCCAGAGGAUUGUUUCAGAGAUGCUGCCCGUGAAAUGGCCGAAUCUCCUGAGGUCGCCAUCAUUCAACACGAGUCCGACGUCAUGCAAGUCGCGUUCCAUUAUUUCGAAAACGGUAUCGCCCACUUCACCCGCCGUAUCAACAAGUGUAUUUCCAUGGGAAGCGCCAACGGCGAGGUCGCACCAUUCGUUGGUCAUAACGCAUAUUUGCGGUGGUCUGCACUCCAGGACGCUGCCUUUGAGGACAAGGAUGACGAUAACAAGAAGAAGAUCUGGUCUGAGAGCAACGUCAGCGAAGAUUUCGACAUGGCACUGAGGCUUCAGCUCAAGGGAUACAUCAUUCGAUGGGCCACAUAUUCGGAAGGUGGAUUCAAGGAAGGUGUCUCGCUCACCGUCGACGAUGAGCUCAAUCGGUGGCAGAAGUACUCUUAUGGUUGCAACGAGCUCAUUUUCAAUCCCCUCAUCAAAUGGUGGCGCCUAGGCCCUAUUACCAAACAGCUACGAAUCUUUUUAUGGAGUGCUGCUCCACUCCAUUAUAAACUUAGUAUGAUGUCUUACAUGUUUUCCUAUUACGGACUGGCGGGCAGCGCUGUACUGUCGCUCAUUAACUACGUCCUCCUUGGCUUUGGCUUCCACGUCGAUGGGUUUUAUCUGCACUCGUUCGAGAUCUUUCUAGCUUGCACGGUCGUAUUCCCAGGAGCUGGGAACGUCGGAUUUACGCUUCUCGAAUACCGUCUCGGUCACAGAUCCAUCUUUUCCUCUCUUAUCGAGAAUCUCACCUGGGUCCCAUUCUUCUUCUUCUUCUUCGGUGGAAUGUCUAUACAUCUUUCGGUGGCCUUGCUCGCUCAUCUGUUUUCGUACAACAUCACUUGGGGAGCCACAAAGAAGGAAGUCGAACGGUCAAACUUCUUCAUCGAGGUUCCACGUAUCCUCAAACGUUUCUGGCUCGCCUUCGUUCUUUCCUUCGGUGUCCUCAUUGGGAUGGCCAUACUCACUACGGACCUCAUACCUGUUGACUGGAGGGUGGAGAGUCUCGACUGGGCCGUGAUUUUCCCGCUUGUCAUCGUAGCCGGCUGCCACAUCCUUUUCCCAAUCAUUCUCAACCCUUGGCUCAUGAUCUUCUCGUACUGA